AAUUGCAAAAGUGCAAAAAUGACGAAAAAAGAUUUGAUAUUUUUGCAAAACAUUUUUUGGCUCAAAGCUCACUGCUNUCUCUCGCAAAUUUGAGAACACUAUAUAUAACAGUAUAUAAAAACUUACUGAUUCUUCAGAAAUAUGAUUCUUCUGUAUCACGUAGCCUUAAACUGCCUGUAACUUUGCUGAAACCUACUUUUCCUUCCGCGCCCGAAGCCGAAGAAGAUUACGGUUUGCACAAGAUAACCUCUAACGUAAAGAUACAUUANAUCGAGGGAAAUCACGUGACAGUUUUGAAAAACCNCGAAGUUAUUACCGUAAUAAAUGGAGAAAUCUAAUGUACUCUCUCUAUUUUUUUACUCUUUUCUGUGGAGAGNGAAUGAUCAAAACGCAGACAAAGAUAAAUGCUUUCACUCGCGCGCGUGUCUCUAUCCUAUUUAAAAACAUAAACCNUGUUUAGGAANAANGAUUAUAGGAUUUAUACUAGUUUGAGCCAUGCGUACAAAUUUUUUCAAAAGUCGCGNNAUUUGAUACAAUACGUAGCUCAUUCUUACAAGGACAAUAAUGAUCGAUAUUGUUGUCAUCACGAGAAGUGUCCUAGAUACAAGAAGAUCGAGAACCACAGAGACAUAUAUAAGUUUCACAUUUAGACUUAUCAUUUNAGAUAAUAUUGUCAAUCAAAAAAAUCAGAUUUUGCAAACUACGCUUGAUUUCGAUAUAUUAUUUUUGACUUCAAAUAACACGCAUAAGUACUUGUGAUAUUUUUUAUAAGGUAUUUUCAUUCAAGCAUAGAUACACAGUUCAAAGCUGGGCACAAAAAAGGUUCAAAACUCAUAGUAAUUGGAACAAGGUUUUAUAAAAGUUAUGAGAUAAACCAUAAUUAUAAGUACACAUGUUUGCUAUGUAUAAAAUGUUGCUAUGUAGAGUAUAAAAAAUAAAAGUAUAAAAUUAUAUUAUAUUAUUGUACAAACCUGGUAAAAUANAUUAAAUAGUACAAGUAAAUUUGUGGAAAAUAAAUUUUUUUGUAGAACGACAAACAAUUGUAGAGGUUAUUUUUAGUUUAUUUUAAUCUAACAUAAUACAUUUUUAGUUUAUUUUAAUAUAAGUAUUUUUUUAGUUUAUUUUAAUCUAACAUAAUACAUGAUAUAGACGUUGUUUGUAAUAUCCUUCCUGAUGCGUCAGGUACAUUUAACAGAUACGGAGUUUGUUAUCGCGGAUUCUCUUUAAGAGGAAGUUAACUUCCUCUUUUAAUGCCAGUUUUCAACCGUUACUGUAUAAGAAUAGUCUGCUCGAUUUCUUUUACCAAGUUUUAACGAGAUAAAGUGUUGUACAAAAUUUAGAAAUUGUUUUUAUUGUCUUUGAGUUUGUGUUGUAUUAUUAUUAAAAUACAAGUUGUUAUGUGAAAGAUAGUGAUUUAUUAGUGUUUUAUUUACAUAUAUAUCCAAUAUUCUUAAAAACUUAAUGAGAAAAUUGUGAAAUAAAUUAAUUAUAACUAUUUUCGUUUAUAUAUUUAUUUUUCAUUUUUGUUCUAAUCUAACGCUUAUGAAGAUUGCCUGUGGGACAUAUUUGUUAAGAAUGCAGAUACUUNUAAGAUAUUUUUUCUUCGUCAGUCAAACGUUACACAUUUGUGGAAAAGUAGUUUUGUUACGUGGAUCACCAUACGCGCAAAACUCAAAAUCAAGUUUGAGAGACUUGAUAUGUCUUUCUGAAGACGACGGCGGCGCUCUAGUAUGGAAUGACAUCUUUACACCAAACUCUGUUUAUAAAAAUAAACAGUUUCACAACAUAAAUAUGUUCAUCGAUAACGAGAUAAACUGCAAAAUGAACAAAGAUACAGAUUGCUUAAAAUCUUGGAGUCGAUUAAAUUGGACUCUUACAAAUUCUGUGGAAACACCUAUGGGUCCAGUGUUUGACCAACGAUGGGAANAAUUUACAGAAUAUUCAAACUUUGGAAAAUCAUUUGACCACGUNAAGUUGAAAGGACAAAUAUCAUCUAAAGGAGCGCUCUCAUUUUCAACUCGCGCACCUGAUAAUGUGCAUAUUUUGUUUUGCAACACACAAACUUUUNANNAAUCUUCUUGUUUUUGGGUAAUAAUAGGCGGUUGGGNAAAUANGAAAUCCGCUAUAAGAAGAUGCACANNUGGUGUGUCUAACAUAUCUCCUAAANAANCACCCCCAUAUAUAGGCUGUGAGAUAUUGCAANAUAGUUUAGANCACAUACCAUUGUCUGAAACGGAAUGGCGGACGUUUGUCAUUACGUGGAACUUCACAAAAAACAGUCAUAAUAUUACUGCUUUCGAUACUGAUAAAAAAAUUGUUACAUAUGAAGAAAACAAAUAUACAGGAAAGUUUAAAAACUCAAGUUUUAACUUUAUCUUUAUCAAAACUAGAUCACACAUGUUGCUUCGAUUUCAUGAAUAUGAUUUUCUGUACACUUCUACCGAGAGUGCAACUUUAACAAGUCCUACCUUUCAUCUUCUUAAUUCCACACUUUGUAUACAAAUGAUCAUUGGUCUGUGCACAGAAUGCGAUGCACAUGUCGUGAUACUUAAUUCCUCUAAUUUUGAAGUAAUAAAAAAUGUAACAGUGAAAGGAUCAUUGACAGCUGUUCAUAAUUUACCUAUGUGGCAUUUUAUCACACUUAAUAAAACUUUAUCAACAGACAAUUAUCGUGAAGUAAAAAUUCAAGUAAUUCCUAAACUUCAAGCGCAUAGCUACAAUCCGUUAUGGGCAAUAGCAGAUGUUCGUGAAUGUUCCAAGAGAGAAUCUUUAAGACAAGCAACGAUUUUCACUACAGGAAAUGCUUCUUUUGGACAGACGUUAACUUAUUCUAAUUCUUAUUAUUGGCCAAAUGUAACAUGCCAAAAACUAUUUUAUAACGAACAUACUGUAGUAAGUUCUGUACCAGAAGCAACAACCAACAUAGAUCUGGAUGAUAAAGAUUGUCCGAUAGGAAAAAUAGGGCCGAAAUGUUUAUUUUCUUGCGCACACGAUUUGAAAAGUUACGAUAACUGUAAAGAAACUGCGAUCUGUUAUACAAAUGGUUGCACAUGUUCUCCAGGUUUUCAGGAUACGGAAUGUUCUUCACUGUGUAAGAACUACUUGUACGGUCAUAAUUGCAAGAAUAAGUGUGGCUCCUGCAAAAAUUUUAAUUGCGAUAAAAUUACUGGCGAAUGUAUCAACGGAUGCGUCAAAACCUCAAACAAGAUUUACAUACCACCUCUAUGUCAGAUAGGCAUAGACAAGCUUGAAGCACCUUCAAUUGUCUCUACCGCUACAAGUAUCCAAGCCAAAGUUCGUACGAUUUGGACACAGGAAUAUAAAAAUUUGUCACUACUGUAUUUGUUUACACUUGGAGGAUUAGACCCAAUUACUCAAAUAUUCAAUUACUCCAUUACGCUGCCAUGGAAUAAACUGUUUCCGAACAUGACGCACAUGACAGGGUAUUUCAAAGAUUUAAAACCUGCUUCUGUUUACUGGGUGAAAUGCAUCUUAAGUGUUGAAGGAAGUCUGAUUGAGAGUGAGUGGCAAAAUGUGGAAACUGCUUGCGACUUAGCGACAAAGUUUGUCGUAACACCUGCAGAAAACAGCAUAACGAUUAAUGUGCAAAACAACUCAGAUCCAUUCUAUCCGUGUCCACCAAAUUGGUACUCACUACAACUUCAAUAUACAAAUAGUCGUUUGAUUUUCACUGAACAAAUGACAAAAUUUUCUCGUGAAUUGUCAGGAUUAAACCCAUAUACUUGGUAUGACGUGAUAAUACAUCAUGCAAAAUAUAACAAUAACAGCUUGCUGUAUUUCGAGACAGUAUGUACAUUAGAAGGCGUUCCAACUGAAGUAUUAGAUUUUUUUUACUUGAAAAAGUCAAAUACAUCUGUCAAUCUGACGUGGAGAUCUCCAGAUCAACCAAAUGGAAAAAUUUUGCAGUAUGAAGUAACGUUGAAGAUUAAUGAGUACUGCGGUUGUACAAACGAAAACUUAACUAUGCCAGAUAAUCCAAUCUCCAUUAAAAAAUUUACUAACGAAACAAGCAUCACAAUCUUAGAUUUACAUCCAUAUACGUCUUAUAAAGCGCAAGUAAGAGCUCGCAAUUCACGACACAGCAGCAAUGACACAGAAAUAAUGUUUUCUACAGACAAAAAUGGUGCUUAUCAAUGA